UUCAGGUUGCCAUUAUAUGUGGUCUACAACAGAAAAUGAAGCUUUUCCUAAAAAUACAGAGUUAUUGCAAGAGCCAUUUAGUCCAGGCACCAGCCGCUUUCAAGUGUCUGAAUACGGACCUGAAUCCCACUUGUGGAGUAGUAAGAUACAAAGCAGGUGAAGGAGAAGAGCAACUUCGAUCUACCACUGUAAGAGACAGAAGACCCCAGGCAAUGCUUCAGCUGACCUUGAAAAACACUGAAUCUCUCCAACAGGACAAUAUUCCAGGACUACAGAUAGAGGAAAUAAAAUUCCACUCAGUUAAGCCACAUUGUGAGUGGCAAGGCAGCCAUCAAGUCAGGUGGACUGAAGAGUGCAGCAGCUCAGAAAAUCCAAAUCAGGUCCAGCUGGUCUUUUUCAUCAAAUAUUCCCAAAUGAGAUCAAAAACUCCUUCCAAAGAUGUUGCAUUAAAAACAACCCAGAACAUUCUUGUGAUUUCACAAACUGAAAGUCUUCAAUACACAACUGUCAGAAAAAUUCCCCAUAUUGCUUCUGUGAAAGAUGCUCCAAGAAACAGCAGUGGUACAAAUAUUAUAAAUACCAAGUAUCCAAGCUACAGGCUAGUGGUUUGGAAAUCAAUUAUGAUACAGCCAUCUGAGUGCCAAAAAGAAAUUGCUGGGUUAAUUGGAGAACUAAUAAGACCAAAAGAGUGCAGUGGACUUGGAUGGGACUGGGCAACCGUGAUCAAGGUCUCAGAAUAUCAAAGGGCAGCAGUCAAAUUAUGAUGACUAGCAAGGGCCAUUAUUUAAGCUUGACCAUUAAAACAGAACAGGGAUUAAGGCCAGCUGAGUUUACAGAUAAAUUUGUAGCAAAUUAUAUUACUGUAAGCAAAGUCGGUGCUGACAUCCAACCAUGUUCAGCUGAAGACGUAGAGACUCAUCUAUGCUU